GAAAAGCAUGAGGGAACGCGAGGAAACCGUUUGCUUCGAAGAUGCGGACAGACACCAAGCUUCAUUGCCACGCACAGGCGGUAAAGAAGGGACCGUUGAUGUUGUGCGAGCCAUAGGAGACGAGAGUUCUCUUUGUAGUUGUUCCACGUCCAACGACAUCAUGGUCAAGGAACGGAAACUUGAAGAACAUGGCAAGCCUAUCGAGGAUGCCUAUGCCUCUACUUCCACUCCAGAUGAAUCUGAUUCUCGUCUGCGCAGAUUCACUAAAAAGUUUGUGGCGAUCGUUCUUCUCCUUUUUGUUUCUUUCACACAGCAAGGAUGCUUGCCACCGGAUUGGUCGUGGUGUCAGUGCGAUUUUCGUGACAACUACUGGAACCACAUCAUUAAUGACUGUUAUGAAACGAUUGAAUUUGAAGAAGUAGUGAUGUAGUAACUUCAACUGCAACUAGCAAAGUAGUGAUCAUGUACUAACUUACUAACUUCAACUAAGUAGCAAAUGUUGACUCAUCUACCACUCCAUUUUUUACUUUGUUCCUCCUUAUUCUAAAGAGUAGAUUAACUAGUAGCAGAUGCAGCACUGGUCGUUAAUAGCAUGCAUAUUUUGUGCCGCAGUUUCAUCCACGUCGUUCCCAAAUGAUCCGCUUCUACUUCUCUUCCCCAUCAGCACUUCCUCUAAUCCUUGCACGAGCUCUAUGCCGAUGUGGAUCAGUUUACGGCGAAUAUCCGCAAUCCCGAGAGCAAGGAGUACAAGUACUUUCAGGAGAUGCCUGAGGGGUUCAAUUGCCCCAAGGAACAACCCACGGUCUUUUGGAAAGCAUGGCCUCAACUGGGAAUGACUAGAGGAUUGAUAGAAAACACAGCUGGUGAUUUGUGGAUGCCAGCAGCGAGGGCGAGGAUAACAGGUCUUUUUUUAUUUUAGCUUCUUUGUCCUUGUCGUGUAAAAUGAGGAAAUGCAGGACUCCAAUUUGGGGAAAAUCAUCAUCGUAGGUUCGUCUUUGCAUUCAAUUUCAAACGCAUGAUGCAUGGCACAUUCAAGAGCCACAAGAAACAGGUACAUGCAUGGCCGGCCACAUGGCUUUGCUCCUCUUGUGCAGUCAGGGUGUCCUUUUCGAAGCUGAAAAACUCGAAGGCGGACCCCAGAUGAGAAAGCUCGAGCUCUUUUUCGGCUACAUGGUGAUUCUGCGGGAUCUGGGUCAAUCAACGGAAUUUCGUCAGUGCAUGGGCAUGGAAGGCUGGCCAUUCAAUUAUGGAUUUUUACCAAAGCAACUACAUCCCGCACGACUGCCGUUCUAGUGGCUCUUUUUUCAUUCAGUAGAAACAAAAGAAGCGCCACGAUGAGGAACGCUCUUAUCAGGAUGGUAAAGUAAAUCUUCAAGUCAAGAGUCUUCUUCUCCGGGAUUAUGCGAUCAAAUGGAUAGGACCCGAGGACAAAGGUGUGAAUCCGCAAGCAGCUUACUAUGCUGGAGGGAUUGAUAUUUACCAGAUGUUGUACUACACCAAAGCAGAGAAGCUGGAUCGCGCGUCUAUGUUGCCAGGAAGAAGACCCUGCGUACCAUACAAGAAUCCGGAAUGCUGGAAAAGGAAAAGCUUGCUACUUUAUGAUUUUGGACAGGAAGUAUCUUCAUCUGAUUGUGUCAGACUGAACAUUAAUUAAAUACAUAGAAUUAGAAAUAGAAUUGCGAUUGCGAUCCAACAACAACAUCUACUUCUUCCGUUGCUUAUUCUAAUCUCCUCUCGAGACGUGCGAGUACUGCUGUUCGAAUUUCCAGCAUAAAGGCGGACGUGGUGCAUCCUGGUGUUUUACGGACUAUUGGACGUUUGAGAAAUGCUGCCAGACGGACAUGUUGGACCUCGAGUGCGAAGAGGAACGGACCGGUGAAGACGGAGGUUGCGUAGAUUGCAAAAAACAGAUCAUAUUUAGUUAAGGUUGGCGUGGAAGUUGUAGUUGGGUUCAUUAUCAGAUUUCUGAUCUUCUCAAGUUAGAGGUCGCGCUAAUCCAUCUUCUUGAGGCGCAUCCUGGACCUUUCUCCCUCAAAAAGCCCCUCCAGGAUGCUUUACGAGAUGGAUUACGAGAAGCCUUAACCAAGGGGGAACAAAUCGAGGGUAGUACUAGUAGAUGAUCUGCCACCAACUGGUUGUACUAGAUUUAGGGGUUAACAACUCCAACUACUUCCUUGAGCUCCCACCUGCUAAUUUAGGUGUUUCACACCUCCCGAGAUGCAGCUCUACAAAGCACAAGUAAAGUAUAACAAGGGACUGGAGAAGGAUAGUGGACUUCGAAAGACUCUAGAGGAACAGAUGAAGACGCAGAGCGAGCAACAUGGCCAAUUGAUGGCUCGGGAGCAGGACUAUCAAAUGAAAUUGCAGACAGCUAAUCAGAAGUUGGGGAUUUACGUUACGGCUCUCUCAUAAUGAUUCAUCUUCGAGUUCGACGUUCAUAGAUGGAUUAUCUCCUGGUAGUCGUGGUGAUGUCUCUGCUUCCUUCUUGGAUUUUGAGACGUACUACGAAGCUGAACGAAUAUUGAUAGGUCUAAUCACACAGCCGUCAUCCGAAAUGUGACGAAGCAAGCAGCGGAAGCAGAGCAAGAAAACCAAGAGGGCAUCUACAAUCAAAGCUUCAAAGAACAUAAGUACUCUACCUCGAUCGUAUCUCUCAUCAUCAUCAAUGUCUGUAAUCUCAGUCAUCAUCAAUGUCUGUAAUCUCAGUCACCAUCAAUGUCUGUAAUCUCAGGAUACACAUGAUCCAGAUCCAUCCUCUUCACCUAUCAAAAAUCCUUCACCUGUCAAGAAUCCUUAUUCGACCUCGUCCCUACCACACCUCCACACACAGUGAAACCUAUUACGAAGCAACGCGAACACAUAGUAUCAUGAGUGAAGCUUUGAAACAAUGGACGCAGGGAAAAGACACUGUUGCCAGUGCCAAGGCUCGCAUUGCCGCAAACGUGACGGAAAAAGUUAAGGCAUGAGAAGACUAUUUUCGAUCUAGAUUAUCUUCUAAUAAUUGGAAUUUUCUGAUUUGCAUACUUUUACUUAGGUAAUGAACUUGAUACUCAUACUCGUCUACCUCACCCCUCUCUAAUCAAAAGCGUUACAACAAUUCUCUGCGUUCCACGAUAGAGGAUUGCGCUCGCCGUGUUAUUGCCUGGGGAGAACGACGAACCGAACGCGAUCAGGCUAAAGAGCGUUUCGACAACGCAAUCACUUGGGAAGCCAGCAAUAGAACCGAUUCGACUGCAAGAAAUGCCUCUGCAUCCGAAGCUGAGACCUCCCAAAGCGGCACUUUUGUGCCAGUGAAUCAAAGUAGACAGGCUGCGGCAGACGCGCUGGAAGCGGCCGAGGCCGAAAGACUAGCAGCGCAGAAGGAGCUGUCCGAAGCUGAGCAAACCUACAAUGCUCAAGCUGGAGUGAAGGAGCGGGCACAGAGAGAAGUGCCGCUGAAAUACGGGACAUGGCAGGGAUUGUUGUCGGGGAUAGAGCGAGAGACGAAGGAGUUGGCAGGUACUACCUUCAGAUGAAGAUGUGUCGCAUGAUCUUCAUCAUUAUUAGUUGAUGAACAUGAAACAAGACUUCUUUGUUGACGAAACACCGCGGAACACCGAUAGCGCUACCUACGUCAGGCAGCUGCUACCCACAUACGCCGCCCGCUGCAUAGGCCGACAAACCCGAGCUGGCGGCGACGAGAAGGCAACGCGCGACGAACAAGGCUCGACGCAACAUAGUCGCAACGGCGACCAGAGCACAAAACGGAUGCAAUUUAAGCAUAUCACUUUGUGUAGCACCCAUGCAACCAACAUCAAUCUUUUUCUACCUUCAAGGAAGAACUGUGAACAUAUGUGAAUGUCCAUCUACAUCUUUAUUUCAGACGCCAGAACUCUCAAGGAGACGCUCGACGCGAACAAGACAGCGACUGCAGAUAGGAUACGAACCCUCGAAAAUGAGUGCGUUACAAAGUGCAAGGAAGUGCCGGAACCUGAAGUUCGCUGUCUCCUUGACGCGCGACGGCCUCCGAAAAAGGCGAAAAAAGAAGCGACAGCUAGUGCUGACGGAGAAGCGACAACUAAGAAGGUGAUGCAGAAGGAGAAAAAACAGGUAGAGAAAUGUGAAGCAGUGAAAGUUCCGUCUGGUGCGGCAAAAUGUGAGGACUUGAACCAACACUGUGAGUAUUGGAGCAAGAAUGGGUAUUGCGAGCAACGCGCGAAGUAUAUGGCGAAGAACUGUCCUAAAGCUUGUAACGUCUGCGAAACAUCUUCAGAGGAGAAAGAGGAACAGAAAUGCUCCAUGGUUGAGGAGGAAGUAGAAGUAGAAGUAGAAGUCGAUGUGGCUGGAGGCGUAGCUGCUCCUGUUGCUGUUUCAGAAGAGGAAGAUCUUGAGGAAGAUGAAUCUGAAGGUGCAAAAACCGAGCCUCAGUAUUCUGAGGAAGAACUCUCGACAGCUGAACUGCGUACAGCGAAGGAGAAAGUUGCUGAAAUCGAUGGAAGAAGGGAGGAGAUAAAGGCGAAAAUCAAAGAGUUAGAAGGUUAUGGAGAAAUAACUUCGGUUCUUUAGAACAGCGUGCUAGACUUAUGCUUAUCAUUUACAUCGGAUCUUAAAAAUGGCUCGAUAAGCGCUAGUACCAUCUCGUCUACUGGUAUCCUUCUAUGUCUACCUCAUCCUUGUACCUCUACCUCCUCUCAGCACUUGAAACUCAUGCUCUUCUAACACUCAGGGGUGACAUCCGCAGGUGAGGUCGUAAGUGACCGUGUCAAGGUUCGUACUGACGCGGAAACGGCACUUCGCGAAGCCAGACAGUUCGCUGAGAAGAAAAAAUCGGAGGUCACGACUGCAAAUGAAACCCUCCAGGAGACGAUCCAAACCCGUGAUGAAGCCGCAAGUAACGUCACCUUGGCAGAAACGUGGGUGACUGGGAAUCAGACCAGUGUGGAACUGGCGAAGCAAAAUGUAACUAGUCUGAAAGCAGAGCAAACGAAAGCUGUGAAUAUGAUGACCGCGGCAAAGGAGAACGAAAGGAAAACGGAGGCUUUUUUGAAAGACCGUGUCGCAGCGAAAAAGCGCAUUGAAUUGCAACUCGAUGGAUUGAAGUCGAAAUUAGACUACUACAACAAGGAAAUCAAGGAGCUGAAUGGAACGGUCAGUGCGGAGGUACUUUUACUAGCUUGCAGUACAACUUCUCUCCUGAUUUUUUUUCAUCAUCUUUCAACGAUUCAUUGGACAAACACUUCGAGUUUCGAUUCUCGUUUACUCUCCUGAACACCAUUCAUAAUAAUCAGUUACUUAUUUACUCAUAAAACCACACCCUACAACUCAGGUGAAAACAGCAAUUUCAGAUUGGUUUGGUCACGAACACGAGAGUACCUUUUUCAGUGCGAUUGGUACGUAUUUGAGUUCAGCGGUUGACGUAUUGAGUACGUUUGUGGGCACUCUAGGUCUGUCAACUGACGAAGCAACGCAUAUGAAGGAGAUCGUGCGAUUGAUGGAUCAAGAACGCACAUUAUGCAGCUCAGCUUGUAUUCAGUUUUCUCGUCAAGUAGAACCUACUUCUCUGUGGUGCCCUUCUCCCAUGGAACAAAAAGGAAGGGUGCCAAGAUCGAGGGAGGUGAGAUAGGUUCGAGUACUGCACUCUAAGCACAGCAAGGAAGCAAUCAAACGACUUAGAAACCGAGUACGAGUCGAUUCGUGACAUGAGUCAAAGCGAGAAGUUUCUAGAAUCCCUCAAAGCAGAAAAAGUGAAUAUCACAGUGUUUCUCCGGAGUUUAUUGUCGGAUAUCGAGACUGCACAAGCAGUAGUUGGCGAAAGGGAAGCAGCGGAGAAGGAGGUGCGCGAAGUGGUCCUAGUGGCUUUUCAAGCGGCUUUGACUUAUGAUUUGGAUCAAGUAGAGCUUUUUUGUGUUUGUAGUUUUGAACAUGAAACUAGGGAAUUUCUAACGAUAAUGAUUACUGUUGUACUACUACUUCUGUCUCAGUGUAGUUGUCGUUCUUGCGGUGCUAUGUAUUGGCAGACGUGUAGUUGAAAAUCUUAGGGCAAACGUGUUGAAAAUCUUAGUUGAUGAUAUGAACAUUCUAAGCUUUAGCAGCGAAGGCGAAUGUCACUUCUGCAACGGAUGCUUUGGAUUUUGCAGAGCGCAAUCUAGCAGCCGCUCUAAAGGCUGUAGAGUCCAAAGCGGAAGCUGAAAAGACUGCGAUAGAGUCUUAUGGAGAAACUCUGAAUUCAAUAUUAUUCUUCUUGGUAGUCUUCGUCUUGGUCUUGGUCACUCUCACUUUUUACAUCACAAGAAAGAAGGAGGCCGUUUUCUAAUCUCCAGUCAAAGAAGCGGAAGUUUCUCUGCAAGGAGAACGGGAAAAGGUAGCGAAAUGGCAGAAGAAAGAGCAAGUUUUGGUGACAGAGGAACUGAAGCCAGCUGAGGAGAAGGUGGCUGCAGAAUUUCGGAUAGCACUGGGUAAGCUGGGAGACAAAAAAGAGUGGGAACGGAAACAGAAGAUCGCAGAAGGCUGUGGCAUCAAGUCUUUAUGACAGGUUUCUUGGAAGUUCGUUAGUCUGUUCGUCUUGGAUUCCACAGACAGGCGUUUUGGUUUUGCGUAUAAAUAAAUGGAGAGAUUUGAUGGCUGAAGAGACUUCUGAAGUUGUUUGAAAGGACUUAUUGAAAAGGCGACACUGUCACGACUACCGUUUCAUUCUAAUUCCCUCCUCGACCUCGGAUGCUGACUCAGCUUCUUCCGUCCUCGGUUUACCAGACUCUAUCUUGAACUACUUUUCGCGUGACGAGCCGCUUCUGAAGUCUUUAGACAAGCAGCUACGAGGCUUGAAGCGACAGGCACGCACAACUGAGUCACUGAUAGUAAACACCACUGCAUCAAUCGACACGAAGCGGACUGGUAUUGACGCAGCGAGAGAGGCAAGCAGCACAGCAAAUGCGACACUAGUAACCGAAACAGAGAAAGCUAACUCUUUGUCGUCUGUAAGAGACGACAAACGGCGCAUCGUUGAAGAGAAAGCGAAAGUUAUGAGCUCGGGUGGGAUGAUAGAAAUGUACUUCGUUGUUGUCGAUCUUUUUAUUGGUGACUAAGGAUCUUCUUGAGACCAGCAACGAGACUAAGAAAUACCGUUUGUUCUUCAGGGAACUAUGUCUAAUCCCUCAUACAUAACAAAAAUGGAACUUACAACUAGCUCAGCCACACAUCAUGAUUGAUAGGUCUAAACCCCUUCGCGCCCAAAAAGACCAAGAGCACGAGAAGGCUUUGGAGACCUUCAGGGAAGUCGGCAAGGACAUCCUCACGCUGCAAAAAGAAGCAGAGAUUAGUCGCGUGAACUUCUUCCGCGCUCUAGAUCAACUGGGACACGCAAACAGGACUUACCUGAACACCGAAUUCCAACUAGAGCUAGCGGUGAAUGCGUCGACCGAUUGUUAUGGACUCACGUGUGUUAUAUUCAUGCUCAUCGGAGCCUGUUGGAACACGCACAAUUGAUCGCUCCUAGCAUUUGUGAGGAAGAAGUAGCAUAUUUGCUCGAAGAUUGUUCCAAAAAUCAUAUUAACUGUUGCUUAACAAUGAUCCCUACUCUCUUCUAAUCCGCCAACACGAGUCGAGCCACCUUCGCAGGACAACUCGAUGCAGCAAUAGCCGCAAUCGCAACUGCACAUGCUGAGUUCGCCAAGAUAGAGGAAGAACAGGCGGUAGCAGUGAAAGAGCAGUUGUAUGACGAGACGAAGGCUGUCUACGCAGACAGAGCGAAGAUAGAGGAAAAAUAUCGUCUGGAGAUGAAUAAGCAGAAACAAGCUUUGUUAUGGACCACAACAUGGUGAAAAAUCCAAGGAGUACAUGUACAAGCAGGACAACAUGGUGAAAAAUCCAAGGAGUACAUGUACAAGCAGGACAACAUGGUGAAAAAUCCAAGGAGUACAAGCAUACUCAGGUCCUCGUGUUUACAUUCUUGCAUUUGGAAUUAAAUUUAUCCGACUAUCUACUCUAACCCCCGACCGGCGACGUCGACGCUUGCAGCAGAUCGACACUGAGCUCGAGAUGGCUCGUAAGUUAGCCGAAAAACAAGCGAGCAAGGACGCCAUGGCGGCCGCGGAGGGCGCUGUCUUUGCUCAGCAAAAGCUCUUUGAUGAGACGACCAAAGCAAGGCAAACUACAGAGGAAGGAAUACAUAACAACACACAAGAUGUCUACAAAGCCAUGGAGGCGAUUAAGGAAGCACAGAUCAUCCACGACGCGCAAGAUCCAGAGGACCGAAAGAGAAGCUUCGCCGUGGCGUGGUAGAUUUGCUCAUGCUGAAGCUGAACAUGAACAUGAAGUCGACGAAGACAGAGAACUUCUUAACAUCAUGUCAUGAUUGUCUCACUGUUGAAUAUAAAGAUCAACAUGUCAUGCUCAUGAUUGUUGAAUAUAGUUGGAAGUUCUACAUCACAUGCUUUUGUUCUUGCUGCAUAUGACAACAUCACUCACAUUGCUAACGGGAACAUAAAGAUGGCCACCAUGACUAAGUACACGAUACAGAUCAUGAAUGCAGCAUGCGCAUGGAGUCAUAUUAAUAUAGAUACAUACCCCUAGUACAACUAUUUUUCUCUCCCCUGCUUAUAACCCCCCGUUCUCCAAAACCCUCAAAAAACUGGCAGUGUUUUGAAUCUAGGAGUGGAAUCUCCACAUUAAUGCUAUCAGAUUUAAUACUAACUUCCCAAGAUGGAGAUGGUGAUAGAAAUGACCAGAGUUAAUGCAGGGAGUUCAUAUGAAUCUCAAUGAAGCAAGCAAGCUGAUAGUCACUAGUUCUUUGAUAUUCCGUCAGAUUUUAUUUUCGAGUUACACUGAUUCGAAUUCUGAUCUUGCCGUCUUUCUAUUCUUGAGAUUUUUGAUGUUUUACGUCACUCAAAGUACAGUGGCACGAUACUAGAAUCAUCGAUCACCGGACCCUGCGGUGAGUGUGCAGGUAAAGGAUAGCAAAAAAAAGUGUCAUUGCAGAAGGAAUCUUACCUCAAUCCUGAUGAAUAAGAAAAGUUAUCAUGCGGGCACCUGCCAUCGCCGCAGUACCG